GUCCCGCUACUGUAACAGCAGAAACCUUAAUUAGAAACGCCCUCAAGGUUUAAACUUAAUGAACAAAUGAACAAGAACACAGCUUUCAUUCCUAUUUGUUGAAACCCAUUCCUCCUCUUCCUCUCCCGCUCAACUAAUUUUUCUCUCUUCCUUUUUUUAGUUUCACACCCGAACGCUUGGCGAUCUCUGAAGAAGGAUUUUCCUCGUGAUUCCGAGGUCGCGGAACAGAUCUUUGUCGUUUUUUGAUUCUUUUAUAUUUGGCCCAUUCUCACUUUGUACAUCUUUGACUAAGAUCACCUUUACAACUUGGAAGAUUGUAGAUAGUAUGGGAAUUCUUUAUCGCAGUUCUGUGAAUAGAAAGCCAAAUGAUAGCAUGAGGCUUAUUAUAAUAACUUUUAUGGGAGUAUUUUUGGGCUUUUUGAUAGGAAUAUCUUUUCCAACAUUAUCACUAACAAAGCUAGGUAUCCCCUCCGGUCUUAUCCCAAAAAUCGAUCAGAUGUAUAAUACUGACAUAAAAGCAGGCUCAUCUACCCAAACAUCUCAAAAUUUUCCAUCUACCAGGACUGGUAGUGGAGACAAGAAUAGUUCUCAAAAUCGGAAUGGUACCUCAGAGAUUUGGGUUCCAUCAAAUCCUAGGGGAGCUGAAAGACUAGCCCCAGGAAUUGUUGCAGCUGAGUCAGACUUCUAUCUACACAGAUUGUGGGGUAAUCCCAAUGAGGACUUAAAUACAAAACCAAAUUACCUUGUGACCUUCACUGUCGGUUAUAAGCAGAGGGAGAACAUUGAUAGAGCAGUAAAAAAGUUUUCAGAAAAUUUCACAAUUCUUCUUUUUCAUUACGAUGGCCGAACAACAGAAUGGGAUGAAUUUGAAUGGUCGAAAAGAGCAAUUCACGUCAGUGCUCGAAAGCAAAGUAAAUGGUGGUAUGCCAAGCGAUUUUUGCACCCUGACAUUGUGGCACCUUAUGACUACAUCUUUAUGUGGGAUGAAGACUUGGGAGUUGAGAACUUCGAUGCUGAAGAAUAUAUAAAGUUGGUGAGGAAGCAUGGCUUGGAAAUAUCACAACCUGGUUUGGAACCUACAAGAGGGUUAACAUGGCAAAUGACAAAGAAAAGGGAUGGUCUUGAAGUUCACAAAGAUACGGUGGAAAGGGCAGGAUGGUGCACUGAGCCGAACUUGCCUCCUUGUGCUGCUUUCGUAGAAAUCAUGGCUCCAGUUUUCUCACGAGAAGCUUGGCGUUGUGUCUGGUAUAUGAUUCAAAAUGAUUUAAUCCACGGCUGGGGCCUCGAUUUUGCCGUUAGAAAAUGUGUAGAGCCUGCACACGAGAAGAUUGGAGUCGUUGACGCUCAGUGGAUCGUUCAUCAAGGUCUUCCCUCUCUCGGAAGCCAGGGAGAAACUCAAAAUGGGAAAGCGCCAUGGCAAGGGGUGAGAGAAAGAUGUCGGAAAGAGUGGACAAUGUUUCAAAGUCGGUUGGCAAAUGCGGAGAAAGCGUAUUUCAAGUCAAUGGGGAUUGAUCCUUCAAAUUCACCCAAACAGUAGGACUCAAUCAGAUUCUAUUUAUACAUCUAUUAUUAGCCACAAUAUUCCUUUACCGUUUCUCACUCAGUUGUAUAAAUUCGUUAAACGUUAUAAUAAUAAUUAGAAUCCUUCGUACAUGGAGCUUAUACAUUA